UCCCCAAGAACUCAUUUUUAUGGUAAAAGGGGAAAAAAAAAAGUAAUAUUUAGUCCUUGUAUAAGCCCAAUUUUCCCAUUUUCUGGUUGGUUCCUUUGUUGGUUUCGGGGGAUUCCGCGUUUUUGCACCAAUUUUCUUGGUGAUUUGGGUGGUGCCCACUUGCGUAUUUGAACAAAACUCCUCCUUUUUCCCCCUUUAAAACUCGGGCUUUUCCUUCAAGUUUUUUUUUUUUCCAUUUUUAAUGUGUGUGUGUGAGAGAGAGAGAGAGAGAGAGAGAGAGAGACUUUUUUGGGGUUAUGUGUGAUUUGUCCAAAAUUUUGUCUCCACACCCUUUAUUUCUCCAUCUAUUUCUCCUGUUAUAAGUUUCUCUCUCUCUCUCUCUCUCUCGGGUUUGAUCAAAAAUUCAAGUUGGGAAUUUCUUAUAUGGGAACUUAGGUGACAAAUUUUUUGUAUUCGGAAAUUUGUAGUAAUUAAUAUGCAGUUGAGGUGCUCGAAGAAUUGUUGCUGUGAGAAAGGUGGCAUCUUUAUUUAUUUCUAAACAAAAAGGUGGCAUCUUGAUUCAAGAGUUCUAUUGAUUUAGAAAGUUUUUUCUUUGCAUUAGCUUUAGAUAGAUAGAGAGAGAGGAGGAGGUGCCCUUCUUUUAUUUUGCUUCGAAACAUUUUAUCGGUCUCCGAAUUCGCGGCGUUGGAUUGAUGGGUAUCAUUUUAUUGUGGAUUUUGAAGUGAAUUCUUAUUGCCUUUUGAUCCAAUGAGGCUUUUGAGCUUAUCUUCGUGGCUCGCGGCCGCCGUGCUGAUUUCCUGCGCUUUCGUCGUCUCCAGAUCUUUCCUCAGGGAGGGAAUUCAAAAUUCGAAUUCGGAUAUCGAAACCAUAAACAAAGCCCUCAGGAAGAGUCACGGUGAUCCGCCGGUGUUCGCGUAUUGGAUAUCGGGCACCGGUGGCGAGAAUCGGAGGAUAAUAAGGCUGCUAAAAGCAGUGUAUCAUCCGAGGAAUCGAUACCUUAUUCACCUCGAUGCGGGAUCUACAGCUGAUGAAAGGACCGAGUUGGCGCGGGCUGUUCGAUCUGAAAGGGUCUUUAAAGCUUUUGGAAAUGUUGAUGUUAUGGGAAAGAGUUAUGCCGUCGAUCGGACGGGUUCGUCGGUUCUUGCGGCGACGCUCCACGGAGCUGCUGUUCUAUUGAAGAUCAGUAAAGAUUGGGACUGGUUCAUCACAUUGAGCUCUUCGGAUUACCCGAUUGUUACUCAGGAUGAUCUUCUUCAUGCUUUUAUGACGGUGCCGAGGGACUUGAACUUCGUUGAUCACACGAGCGACCUCGGCUGGAAAGAGCACGAAAGGUUCCAGAAGAUCAUCGUAGACCCGAGUCUUUAUAUGGACGCAAAUGCUCAAUCCUUCUUCGCUACCGAAACGAGGCAAACACCCGAUGCUUUCAGGAUCUUUACAGGUUCUCCAUGGGUUAUUCUUAGUCGAUCUUUCAUCGAGCACGUCGUGUAUGCAUGGGACAACCUCCCAAGAAAGCUACUCAUGUACUUUGCCAAUGUCGCGUACUCUGUCGAAUCCUACUUCCAAACAGCAAUAUGCAACUCCCCUCAAUUCAUCAACACUACAGUAAACGACGACCUGCGCUACUUCGUGUGGGACGACCCCCCCGGAUUAGACCCGCUCUUUCUCAACGAAUCGAACUACGAGGCCAUGAUAAACAGCAAGGCCGCAUUUGCUCGGCGGUUUAUCGGAGGGGACGAGGUGCUGAACAAAGUGGACGACCAAAUAUUGAGGCGAUCGUCGAAUGGCGUGAGCUACGGAAAAUGGUGCUUAGGAAGAGAAGAAGAUAUAAGCGAGACGGGUUCAGAGGAUCUGUGCUUGACUUGGGGGGACAUAAAUUUGAUCGAACCGCGGCCCGAAGGAAAGGAACUUAGAGAAUUGGUUGCAAAGAUCAUUGAGAGAAGAGGUUGUGUGUGAAUGGUAUAAGAUUGGAUGAAGAUUCGAGCUGUAAACUAGCCGAUCAGGGUUAAGGGUUAGCGAAUCGACUUUGUGCAGUUUGGUCAUGUUAUCUCAAGCCACAACUGCAUCUCAUCAGCAUAUAGGAUACCUCUCUCUCUCUUUCUUUUCUUUCUUUUUUUUUUCCUUUUUCCUUUUCUUUAAAUUUUUAUUUUUUAGUUUUGGUUGAGCAUCUUUUGUGUAGAUAUAGGGAACUAUAGUAGAGUGGUUGUAAUAAAUAGUUGAGGGUGAUAUUAGGUGAUAGGGCUUAUGAGAAUAGAGAACAAUUACAUUGUAGUUGAAUCUGACUUAUUUCAGGAACAUAUCAUUCCUUUUAUACAAAUAUAGAACAACAUGAACUUAUAGUUAUUAUUAAA